UUAUCAUUACUUUUAGGAGCCAAAAUCGGAAUCCGUAGAACCAAGAAUUGAAUCCAAUCCAAUUCAACAAACAAAAAAAUAAAGAAAAAGAGAGAGAAAAAGAAAAUUUUGGAAACAACAAAGAAAAAUAAAUAAAUAAAAAAGUCAUUAGUUCCAAAAUCCAAACAAACGUUUUGGUUUUCUCGUCGAACCCAACAUCACCAUUGUUCCCUUCAGAACCUAAACACAACCCAUUAUUGUUGUUACAAACAUUAGAAGAAACAAAAAAAAAUUGAAUUUUUUCUCAAAUUUUGAUUCCCUGCAUUAUUGUCUUUGUUUCAAAAAAAAUUUGGGGUGAUUUUAAUUUCUGGGUUUGAUGCAGAAAUGCAUUCUGCAACAUUAUUUUCAUCUGGGUUUAUUCAAUGAGAUAGAAAAAUCAAAUCUUUUUCAUUUGGGUGUGAAUGGACGAAGGUGAAUAGUUUAUGUUGAAGUUUAAAAAAUAUAUUCAAAGUGGAGACUUUCAAGAGAAUGAGCAGGGAGCUGAAUGGCAUUGUAAAAGCCUGGGAAGCAACAGUUAAGAAAUCAGCAGGUGGAAAGAAAAGGGCCAACAUCAUUUUCACACCAAUGUCAAUAGCUCAUGUAGAUGAUGAAGAUAAUAAUGAUGAUGGUGAUGAUGAUGAAGAUGGUGAUGAUGAUGAUGAUGAUGAUGAAGAUGAUGAUGAUGAAGAGGUUUGCCUUGUUGAAAAGAUUUUUCCAAAUGGUGAUUUCUACACAGGACAAUGGCUUGAUAAGUUUCCUCAUGGUAAAGGUAAGUAUCUUUGGACUGAUGGUUGUAUGUAUGUUGGUGAAUGGAUUCAAGGUUUUACAAUGGGGAAAGGUAGGUUUAGUUGGCCUAGUGGUGCUACAUAUCAAGGUGAAUUCAAAACUUUUUAUAUGGAUGGUAAAGGUACUUAUAUAGGUUCAUCUGGUGAUACAUAUAAAGGUUAUUGGGUUAUGAAUUUGAAAAAUGGUAAAGGGAAUGAGAGUUAUCCUAAUGGUGAUUUUUAUGAUGGUGAGUGGAAAAAAGGUUUGCAAAGUGGACAUGGUAGGUAUCAAUGGAAAAAUGGGAAUCAUUAUAUUGGUCAAUGGUUGAAUGGUUUGUUUAAUGGAAGUGGUACAAUGAUGUGGCAAAAUGGUAAUAGGUAUGAUGGCUGUUGGGAAGAUGGUUAUCCUAAAGGGAAUGGUACAUUUAGUUGGUGUGAUGGUAGUUUUUAUGUUGGUGUUUGGAAUAAAGAUUUUAAGGAACAAAGUGGUACUUAUUAUCCAUCUGGUUCUAAUGAUGCUCAUCUUGAAUGGGAUCCUCAAGAAGUUUUCAAUGUUGAAUUGAGUGAUUGUAAGGUUUGUCCUUGCGAAAACGUGUCGAUUUAUCCUUCGGAGAAGAUAUUGAGUGUCUCGGGUUUGGAGGAAGCUAAGGUGAUGAAACAGUCUAAGAAAGGAAGUGAUGGAAACAGGAAGACUAGAUGGAGUUCUGUUGAUGGGAGGAUUAGUAAUUACAGCUCUGAAGAAGGAUGUAAUGGUCUUGAUGUAGGUAGGAAAUCGGCAUUUGAUGAGUUGGGAGGUAAUUCGAUUCCUAGUUGGCAGAAGUUGAGAAUUAAGGCUCCCAAAACACAAGGAGAUACCAUAUCUAAAGGGCAUAAAAACUAUGAGCUUAUGUUGAAUCUUCAACUAGGUAUCAGACAUUCAGUUGGAAGACCUGCUCCAAGUGCAUCUCUUGAUUUGAAGUCUUCUGCAUUUGAUCCGAAAGAGAAAGUUUGGACUAGAUUUCCACCGGAAGGAUCCAAGCAUACGCCGCCUCAUCCGUCUUGCGAAUUUAGAUGGAAAGACUACUGUCCGGUACUAUUCAGGGCUCUCAGAAAGUUGUUCAAAGUUGAUCCUGCUGAUUACAUGAUAUCAAUAUGUGGAAAUGAUGCUCUUCGGGAACUCUCAUCACCUGGAAAAAGUGGAAGCUUUUUCUAUUUGACAAAUGAUGACCGGUAUAUGAUAAAAACCAUGAAGAAAGCAGAAGUGAAAGUUUUUCUGAAAAUGCUUCCUGCUUAUUAUAAACACGUUCGGGAUUUCGAAAACACGCUAGUAACAAAGUUCUUCGGCCUCCAUUGUGUAAGACUAACAGGAACUGCACAGAAGAAGGUUCGCUUUGUCAUCAUGGGAAAUCUAUUUUGUUCACAAUAUGCCAUUCACAGACGGUUCGACUUGAAAGGUUCGACGUUCGGUCGCACUACUAAUAAACCUGAGGCAGAUAUAGAGCCAACAACAACACUUAAGGACCUCGACUUAAAUUUUAUAUUUCGGUUGCAGAAGUCUUGGUUCCAAGAAUUUUGCAGACAAGUUUCUAGGGACUGUGACUUUCUUGAACAAGAGAGAAUUAUGGAUUAUAGUAUGUUGGUUGGUCUUCAUUUUCGCGAAAUAACUUCGAGUGGCAAUGUUACACCUUGCGGUCGAAGUUCGGGAGCUUGCACGCCAUCCGGAUUUGACGACGGAGGCCCUCGUCUUUCAGGAGUGAAUGUGGAUCAUCUCAUUGUAGAUCCUAGUCGGUGGAUUCAAUUAGGUAUAAACAUGCCAGCGCGAGCCGAAAUGGCUUUGCGGAAAAGCAAUUGCGACACUCCCCAGCUGAUUGGAGAACCAACUGGGGAGUUGUACGAUAUUAUCAUCUUUUUCGGUAUCAUAGAUAUAUUACAAGGCUAUGAUAUUAGUAAAAAGCUCGAGCAUGCUUACAAAUCAUUCCAAUAUGACGCAACUUCAAUCUCGGCCGUUGAUCCAAGGCUCUACUCGAAACGGUUUCGCGAAUUCAUCUUCAGAGUUUUUGUAGAGGACACUUCAAGCGUGUAAUUUGAUCCUAAAUAUUCGACUUGCACCAGGUGGCCAUCCAUGUAUAGUUGUAACAAAAUGAUCGAGCUCUAAUCAGUACAUCGAAAAUGAUUCUCAAUUUGGCGACCGACGCAUCAAAUGGAGUGUAGAUUGUGAUGAUAGGCGAUACACACUUUCAUGUUCUACAUCCCUUUUUCACUUUGUGAAAUUUAUCUUAUUUAUAGUCACAACAAAUGUAUGUUGUAGCUUAGAUCAAUGAUGUUCCUAAAUUGUAAAUGAAUCAACAAAAGGGACAAACAACAUUGGAAAUGAUUCCUUAUGUAACCAUUUUUGUCUCCAAAGUGAGGCCUAUGGUAUUUGGUGCCGAAUAAAAUGUACAAAAGAUGAGGUGCUGCACAAAUAUCUUUUUGUUUGUGCAAAAAGUAUAUGAUGAUUCUUAGGCAUGUUCCAUGAUGA